CUUGGUGAUGCUGUUAAAAGCUGAGUUCACUAUCCAUGGUUACUCCUAGGUUUUGAAUCUGGUCACUUGUUUUUAGUGAUCUGGACUCCAGAUACAGACAAGUCAUCUCUGGGCUUUAGCACUUAUGGCCACACUCUCAGUUUUCUCCCUGUUCAGCUGAAGGAAGUUUGCUGCCAUCCAGUGGUUGAUUCCUUCCAAGCAGCUGACUAUGGAGUUUAAGAGUUGGAAGUCAUCAGAGAAUAGUGAGACAAGAAGCUGCACCUCAUCAGCAUAAUUAUGGUAGUUGAUGUUAUGUUUGCUGAUAAUGUAACUAAGGGGAAUCAUAUGUUGAAUAGAAGAGGACCCAGGAGGGAGCCACACGGUACUCGGCACUCUAAUUUAUGGCUGUUGGAGUGGAAGUCCCCAAGUGUGACAAUAUGCAGAUGAAUAGAGAGGGAUAGAUGAAUUACAGACUUCUAGAGCAUAACAGUGAAAGGAAAAGGCAGAGAAAAUUAGUAAUUGUAAAGUGCUGCUAUUAUGACACUUAUUAGCUAUCCAACACUUCAGCUUAUCAUUUGUAUUUUUGGUGUUACUGAGAAACCUUAUAAGGUAUCCUAGAAAACUAAAUACACAACAGAUUCAAUACCAUUAAACUGUGAACUGAAAGUUUUAUCCCCAUACAGGAUGAUGAAAGUUCAAGUGGAAAUAAUCACAAAGCCUGUUUGCAGUUUUUGUAAACUUCAUUAACUUCAUUGACAGUUACAUUACAGCUGAAAUGAUACUCAAUGAUUUCCUUUUCUACUCUCUCUGUUUUUCCCUGAACUAUUUCAGUGUCUCCUUGACUCCAACCAUGCUCUCCUUUUCAACACUACCUCCUCUCUGCCUGAGCCUCCUCCUCUUUCUCUCGUAUCCCUCCUGUCAGGGAGGGAUACCAAGUCUCUCCUGUCAGACUUGGAACAGCAGCCAGUGUAUGUCCGCUCCCUUUGUGCCAGGCCACAACCUGGUGGGAGGGGGCUUUGAUGUGGUCACCCUGCAGCGAAAAGGAGCCUACAUGGUUGACAUGAAGACCUACCUCUCUCCAAAUGGAACUUGUACUCUCUGCUCCAACCCCCUUCAAGGCAACAAGCUGCAGAAACUGCCAGUCUCUGCAGUGGACUGGCGCCCAUUCAGCCGCUGCAAUUUUCAUCUGUAUGGAAGUGAACACACAUCCAUCAGCUCACUGCUUAAAACAUACACCUACCAGGACAGCGAGGACUGGAAGUCUGGACUAGAUUUGACGAAGUAUGGCAGCCUGGAUGUGGGGGGAACACGUUCCACUGCGUAUAACUUUGCUACAGCCAGGAGCAAAGAGGACCGCUACAGCUUCAGCAUACACAGGACCACAUGUAGCCAUUACAGUUACAGUGUGUCAAGCAGACCACCCCUCAGCUCCGAGUUCCGCAAUGAUUUGGCGAGACUGCCCAAUUACUACAACUCCUCAACCAGGGCCCAGUACAGUCGUCUCAUAGGGAUCUAUGGAACACAUUAUAUCAACCAGGUUUAUCUGGGGGGGAGAUUCAGGCGAGUCACAGCUACACGUACCUGUUUGUCCAGACUGAAUGGCCUCUCCUCAAAACAGGCGCACAACUGCUUAUCAGCUGGUCUCAAUGUAGGCCUUGGGAUCAAACUGCCUGUUAACCUGAGGUCCUGCAACACAAUCCUACAGAACCAGGAUGUCUCCACCUCAUACAGUUCUGGUCUCCACCAACAUUACACAGAGGUGUUGGGAGGCACCGGUUGGGUGGGUGAGUUUUCUCUCAUCCGUAACGACUCCCUGGGCUACAAAAAUUGGCUGAAAACCCUCAAAGACCGCCCUGAUGUUGUCCGGUAUUCCCUAAGACCAAUGUACGAGCUGGUGCCAUGCUGGACAAAAAGGAAUGGACUGAAGGCUGCCACAGAGCAGUACUUAGAAGACAACGCUAUGCCUAACUCACCCAAAGAACCAUAUUGUGGGGGGGGCAUUCCCAACCUGGCUCCCGACUGCUGUCCUCAACAGGCCUGGAAAGGAACACUGGUGGUGACCAUCGUCCAAGCUUGGGGUCUGAAAGGAGAUUAUUGGGGCCAGACUGAGGGGUAUGCCACAAUGCGGUACGGUUCCAUCUACCACAAAACCCGUGUGAUCGGGUCAAACUACCCUCGCUGGAAUGCUCAAUACAAUCUGGGCAAGGUGGACACACACUUGGGUCUGAGGAUCGAGGUCUGGGAUGAGGACUGGAGCUCGGACGACCUCCUGGGAUCAUGUGAGAGGGAGCUGAGCCAGGGGACACACAGAUUCACCUGCUCAGCCAGUAGAGGUGGCGUCGAGAUCCGGUACACUCUGACCUGCGACCGUCACCUGACCGGAAACAGGUGUAACCAGUACAAACCAAUUCCAUAGUGAGAAAUGCAUUGGGUGGCAUAUUCUAUGCAAAUCUUGCUGGUUUUCUUUAAUCAAGUGUGAUAUCAGAUAUUUACAUUAUUUUCACAGGUUAUAAGUAAACUAUUCAGUUUCUUAUUUUACAUUAGAGGUAUAAGUGCAUUUACAUGUACAUUAGAAGUGUUUGACUUAUAAAUGGAUAAUUAGCAUUGUAUGUGUUACUCAAUUGAAUGUAUGAAACCAUAUAAAAAAGACAGUUUGGGAGGGAUAAUAUUCCUUUGUAUUCCUGUUUUAAAUUUUGGUGCUGCGGUCACAAUUAAAUCACAGACUGUGCAUUCGUUAUAUACAGUCAGUAACUGUUGAUUAUUUUCUGAAUUCAUGUGUCAAAAUUGUUGUGAGUACCAUUAGAGAUACAUUUUUGUGUGACUUUCUCAUGCUAAUAAAGGCUGUCAAAUCAUGUAAACUGUUUCUUUAAAGCGCCACUAAUCAACACUGGUGUCACUUUAUAAUAAGGGUUCAAAACACAUGCCUCAGCAAUGCAUAACUAUGACUUAAUGCAUGAAAAAAAGCAGGAUGUGACAUGAAUUCAAGUUGUCACCAUUAAUAAAUGAACAAGCCACU